AUGCUGCAUCUGGUGUCCUGGACGUACCACGGUAUCUCUGUAUGUACUGCGCAACCAACAUUGGUGCUCUUCAUUUCGCCUCCUUCCUCAGCCCUCGGCCGGGAGGCCAAAGACGGAAAUGGGAACUGGUCACACCUGAGUUCCCAACUUCCCUCGUUCUCAUCAGUCGGUCUCGGACCGCUUGUGCACAGCAAGGCAUCGACCACGAGGCACAACCAGGGUGAUCAAGCCUACCGGGCACGGUUCGCAGAUGUCAAGACCUCUCGUGGCCAAUGA